UCUAAUUCAACAAAACAAAUGUCCGAAUCGUGCGCCCAUUUCGUAAGUUCCUCAAAUGAUAAUUUUGAUUGACGCCCAGAAAAUAUUAUAUUUCUACAAUACUCAGCCACGCGUGAACUCUUUUUAUUAUACAAUAUAAAUAAUAAAUAAUAGCUAGCGUUUUAUAAUAAAUUUCUUCCAGAUUAAUUUUUUUUUGUACAUUGGUCGUUGAUACCUACGUCGACGAAAGGAAUCAAGUUUCAUAAAUAAUGGUGUUUGCAUAAUUGCCUCGAUAUUUAGAACAUCUAAUCAAUUACAACGUUUUGACUUAAUUUAGUUUGAAACAGUGCUUGGCCCCCAAAAUGGCAGUGAUCAGUGCUCACCUUUCACCUUGCAGCAAGUGAAUAGAUUUUGGUUUCUUUUCUCGAUGUGUUACUCGUUAAAUAACGUACGAGGCACGAAUGCUGACUCUGAGGAGCAGUGUGUGCGAUGGUGAUAGCAAAGAGCAAGAAAGUUAAACCAAACAUGAAUAAUACGAUUAAAAGUAUGGACUACAACUGGACACCUGGUCCAGAGUCACAGAACAACCAGGAUGGCGGAGUACCUAGAGCUAUCUUCAUCCCUCACUCGAACUCACUGCCGUUUGAAGAACGUUGCGUCACGUUGGAGCAACCUGUCAAGAUUGGGCGCAACGUGUACCGCGCGACUCCGAGCCCGACGAACACAAUAUUCGAAUGCCGAGUGUUGUCUCGACAUCACGCCACGCUCUAUUACGACAAGGGCCACUUUUACCUUGUGGACAAUCAGAGCAGCAAUGGCACGUUCAUCAAUAACAACCGGUGCUCCAUAUCGAAAGAGCAAGAACCACACGAGGUGUUCUCCGGUGACGUGGUGCAGUUCGGCAUACCUGUCGUGGAGAAUGCCAGCAAUUCUGAGAAGAACAAAUUCCCGCCCGUGGUUGCGUUACUCAAACUAUAUCACCCAGAUGGAAACGAGGCGAAGUUAGCAUUCAACCCCACUAUGACCACAUCCCUGCAUCUCAAAGAACUGUAUCAGCUUAAUAAUUUUGUUCAGGAAGCGAUCCAGCGCGAGGCGUCGCUGGAGGGUCGACUCCGCACACUGCGCGAGUGCGUGGAGCGGACACGCGCGGAGGCGGCGGCCAGCUGGGAGCUGUUCGUGGGCGAGCAGCGCCUGCUCAUGCGCGUGCACACGCUCGAGACCAUGCUGGCCGUCGGCUCGCAGCCCGACCACCACCAGCUCGCGCAGCUGCUCAGCGACAAGAGGAACUACCAGGAAGUGGCGCAGGAGAGCUUGAGAGCGGCACACGAGCAGCGGCUGGCGCUAGAGGAGACGCUGGAGCGGCGCAGUCGCGAGGUGGCGGCGCUGCACCAGCACAACUACGCGCUGCGCCUCACCGCCAAGAACGCGCUCGCCGAGCUACAGAAGCUGGCAGCGCGGUGCGAGCGCAAGAUGUGCGCGGCGCGGCUGGCCAUCGCCGCCGCCGAGGAGAGGGAGCUCGCCGUGCGGAACCAUCUCCCGCUCGCUUAUUCAGUACAAAACGGUGAGGCGAAGAUGUUGGUGCUGAGCACGGACAGCAACAAGCUGCAGGAGGCGAAGCGCGGCGGCUCGCUCGAGGACGCCGUGCGGGCGCUGCCCGACUACAUCAAGCUGCUGCUGCCGCAACCGCUGCUCAACAAGGUUGGAAUAAAAGCGAUAUCGGCCGAAGGAAAAUCAGCGAAGGAGUUCGAAUUAAUUUUAAAGACAAAUAAUAUUUAUAACAUGGAAAACAAAGAAAAACAGAACAACGAAGAGGUUGGUGUCGGCGGCAGCGGCGAGGAGAAGACUGGUGAGCCUGACUCAUGUACUGACGACGAAAAGCAGUCGCGGCUCAACCAUGAUCCUGGUCACGAGGAGAGUCCCAGUCCGCUGGACGGCGAGCUACACGCGGAUAAUAACGCCAACUCCACAUACAGCGAACCCAGUACUAGAGAAGAAUCACCUAGUAAAGCAGGUGCUGAGUACGCGAACAUUCUCCGCGUGAUGGCGGGCCUGAACGAGGAGAUCAAGGUUCUGCGCGAGCGACUGUCGGCCGCCGCCGCCGACAACGAGCAGCUGCGCGCCGCCCGCGACGAGCUGCUGGCGGCGCAGCCCGACGUCAACGACCCGCCGCCCAUCGAGCCCGACGACGCCGCCGCCUACCGCGCGCGCAUCGCAGAGCUGCAGGCUCAACUCACCCGUUCGACGGUCGCCGAGGAGUCGAAUCUGGCUGAAAUCCAGAGACUGGCGUCCAGUGCAGCUGAAAUGCAAGCCGAGCUUGCGUUCAGGCCGACACGUGCAGACAUCGACGACCUUACCGCAGUCGUCGGAAAACUGCGCGCCGAGGUCGUCUCCAAGGACCAGCAGAUCGAACGACUACGUACCUCCACCGUCAGAGAGCGCAACACCAGCGACAAGGCCGUCGAGACCGACACCUCUCUAGACGAGCGCGAAGACAAGCAGGACACGCUCGAGCGGAGCAUCGACGCCGGCAAGAUCUCCGCCGAAAUCGACGAGAUGUUCCGCCUCGAUUACGACGACGAAGACGAGGAGACGGAUUCGGCCGUCACCGAGAUCAACCGCGACUCGGACGUAGGCACGGAGAGCGCGGAGGGCGCGGAGGCGGAGGGCGCGGAGGCGGAGGGCGCGGGCGUGGCGUACGUGCGGCUGCAGGACGAGGAGCGGCUGCAGGUGACGCUGCACAACGGGUCGCUGCACGCGCUGGAGGAGGAGCUGGUGCGCGCCAAGGAGCGCUGGGCCGAGGUGUGCGGCGAGCGCGCGCGCCUGGCCGCCGCGCUGGCGCAGCUGCAGGGCAAGCCGCGCCUGCGCCUGCCGCUGCGCCACGCGCUGGCGCUGGCCGUGCCGCUGCUGGCCGCCGCGCUCUACCUGCUGCUGCUGCCGCACGCGUCCUGAUGGACGGCCACGUGGGACCCGCCCGGGUACAAGUAGCGUCGGCCGCGCCGCCCGCAGCGUUACGUACUUUGCUCACUCCCUCGUAUUCUGUGACCGCUGCGGCACCGGACCUUGCCACGGUGCGACUACAUCGGCCGGUACCUCAUUUUGAAUAUAAAAUUAUAUACGCUGCUUCUUGUUUGUGACCGCCGGCCCGGGGUUUCGGUAUAUUUAUGGAUUAGAGUAAUUAGAAUAUAUUAUAUUAUUUACGAUAGAGUUGGUUUAUUGUGCACCCUCGGUCCCGACACUGACGAGUCGACGGUGUAGAACAAAUAGUGGGAGCUCGUAUGAAAGUGCCAUUUGCUAGCGAGGAGGGCGUGACCGCGCCGCGAGGGUCGUGCACGUCGCACGUUGUUAUCGCAUGUAUAUAACUUAGUAUUGUUUCUGUAAAAAGUGUCAGUAUCGUAUCGAUAUAGUAUAAAUUGAUUGUUGAUAUCUGCCAUAAUAAAUAACUGUACAUUUUAAAUUUUAAGGCCUAACGACUGUCCUAAGUUAAAGUAAUUAUUGUUGUAUGAGAGCUAUCGAAAUUCUUAGCCGAGCGACAUUUGGUGAUUUCUCGAAUCAACUGGUUUCCCUUGUUGAAUAUUUUAGGUGAUAAUUGAUAGUGUGUUCAUCUUUUAUUAUGGUAUAGUUGUGGGCUGUGGGGGCAUCACGGACUCGCGGCUGCUGCAUCUUACUUGUCACACGCUUCGGGAGCUAAACAUAUCAUUGUUAGGUAACACGGUGUGGGCAUUUAUUUGUCGUCGGACACGGACGUUAGGUAUCUUCGAAUGGUUUGCAUUUUUCUAGUCUUUAGAAUCGGCGUCGAGUCGGUUGCAUGACGUUUUGAGCUCCUAUGUUUUUUACAAGUUUUAGAGCUUUUUUACAAGUUUAGUCUGUAUGAUCCUCCGUCUGUCUUGGACGCAUUUACGCGCAGCUCUGAUAUAUUUGCAGUGACGCAUUUUAGUUGGUUGAGAGUCACAGGUCAGGUAGACCCCGUGCAUGUUUUGUUUUGGUUUGAUGUUACAGUGCCACUAUUAGUUUGUUGAGCAACAGUUUGAGUUUGUUGUGCGAGAGAAUGUUAAGAGUUAGUUGUGAGACGCAUCUCAGAUGAACGAGCGUCUCGUCGAGGCAGUUCUCGUUAUGGUCGACCCUCAAGAUCGCUUAGCUCUGUGAUGUGAGGCCAAUAGAUAAUUUUGUAAUUUGUGUAACUAACGAUUGAGUAAUUAUAUCUUUAGAAUUAUUACCACGUUGAAGUCCACUGUCUAUAAAUAUUUAUUAUUUUAUUGUUGCACUGAUUUUUGUUAUGUUCAAUGUUUUAUUUUGUGUUUAAACCACCUUAUUGUAAAUAAAUUAUAUCUUAUACUCGUUCUUACGUUUAGUUCAUGCUGUCGAAGACUUUAUGUUGUAUUUUAUUGAGUAAAAUAACUAUGCAUUCAAUGUGGAUGUACUGAUAAAUUUAUUGGAAAUAAUAUUGAUUUGUUUAAA